CUUAAAACUAUAUACAUUAUAACAAAGUUUCUUCAAUAUUAUCUUUUUGUUAUAUUACCAUUUUCUCCUUGGGAGAUUUUCCCCCAAGAAACGAUAACAAUAAUAAAAUAAAUAUGGUAGUCUCAGCUGAUUGCCGGAUUUCCCUCUCGGCUGCCGGCCAGCUACAUGGCGUGUCGGGAUUGGCUGGGAGGAAUUGGAAGCUUGUCAAGUUUUGCAAUGGAGAAGUAAUGGGAAACAAGUUGAAGCAGACUCAGCUUCAGCAGUCUAUUGUUAGAGUUGUUACUAAUAAGAAUGUUAGGCAACGUGUGUGCAUGUCUCUCACUGCUGAUGUACCAAGCCAGGCCAAGUUAAGGGACUUAGAUAUGGAAAAAAGAGACCCUCGAACAGUUGUGGCAGUCAUACUAGGAGGAGGAGCCGGUACUCGGCUUUUCCCCCUCACAAAACGUCGCGCCAAGCCCGCGGUUCCCAUUGGAGGAUCAUACAGACUGAUUGAUGUCCCAAUGAGCAACUGCAUUAACAGUGGAAUCAACAAAGUUUAUAUCCUUACUCAGUUCAACUCAGCUUCACUCAACAGGCAUCUCACCCGAGCUUACAACUUUGGCAAUGGAAGCUUUGGAGAUGGCUAUGUUGAGGCUCUAGCAGCAACUCAAACUCCAGGAGAGGCAGGGAAAAAGUGGUUCCAAGGUACUGCGGAUGCAGUAAGGCAGUUCCAUUGGCUGUUUGAGGAUGCUAGAAGUAAGGAUAUUGAGGAUGUUCUAAUUCUAUCAGGAGAUCAUCUAUACAGAAUGGACUACAUGGACUUUGUUCAAAAUCAUAGGCAGAGUGGAGCAGAUAUUACUCUUUCUUGUCUUCCAAUGGAUGAUAGCCGAGCCUCAGAUUUUGGCCUGAUGAAGAUAGACAAUAAAGGAAGAGUCCUCUCAUUUAGUGAAAAGCCUAAAGGAGUAGAGCUGAAAAGAAUGCAAGUAGAUACAACAGUUUUGGGACUUUCAAAGGAAGAGGCUGAAAAGAAGCCAUAUAUUGCCUCCAUGGGAGUAUAUGUGUUCAAGAAGGAGAUACUUCUGAACCUUCUUAGAUGGCGUUUUCCAACUGCAAAUGAUUUUGGAUCAGAGAUAAUCCCUGCCUCAGCCAAAGAAUUCUUCAUUAAGGCUUAUUUGUUCAAUGAUUAUUGGGAAGAUAUAGGAACAAUCAGAUCCUUCUUUGAGGCAAACCUUGCUCUCACCGAGCAUCCACCAAGGUUUAGUUUCUAUAAUGCAACAAAGCCAAUGUACACUUCAAGAAGAAACUUGCCACCAUCAAAAAUUGACAGGUGCAAGAUUGUUGAUUCAAUCAUAUCUCAUGGAAGUUUCUUAACUAAUAGUGUCAUAGAGCAUAGUGUUGUUGGUAUCAGAUCCCGGAUCAAUUCUAAUGUUCACUUAAAGGAUACGGUGAUGCUUGGAGCUGAUUUUUAUGAAACAGAAGCUGAGGUGGCUUCAUUGUUUGCUGAGGGAGGGGCUCCUAUUGGAAUAGGAGAAAACACAAAAAUAAAAGAAUGCAUCAUUGACAAAAAUGCAAGAAUUGGAAAGAAUGUGAUCAUUGCUAACUCAGAGAGGGUCCAAGAAGCUGAUAGAUCAUCAGAAGGGUUUUACAUCCGUUCAGGUGUAACAGUCAUACUGAAAAAUUCAGUAAUCAAAGAUGGAUCAGUGAUCUAAAUUUUAAUACAAUUCUUCCAUCCUAUACCCUUUUUUUCCUUUCUUUUUGGGCAAUAUUAGGAUUGGAAAUGAGAGAAAUAAGAAAUAGGAGCUACUAUGUUCUGUAAAUCAAGGCAUCCCUAAGUUCUUUACAAUGUGGAUUGGAAGUGCAACAUGCUUAUUGUUUUGUAAAAUACUGCAAAAAUGUGUAACUUCCAAGCCACUUUAAGUGAAAAUAGAAAUGCAUUUCUAUUUCAAAAUAAUCAACCACUCUAGGAGGAAUGCCAUAUUUUAUUUUAAAUAAAAAACCCCUCAAUUUCACUCUU